AUGAAUACUAAAAUCGCCUUUAUAGGUGCUGGUAAAAUAGCAACUGCUAUAUCUUUAGGCCUAUUAAAUAGCGGCAGUUUUUUUCCUGAGUAAUUUUACGCGACAGCUCGUACAUAAUAAACAGUAUAAAACUACUAGAAACUCACAGGAAUCUAAAACGUAUAAUAUCUAGAAAAUAAAAUUGCAAUCGAAAAUUCCCAAGCAAUAAUAAUUUGCACUAAGCCAUUUUAAAUAUCUGAUUUAAGUAAAGAAAUAGCUCCCUUUUGUUCUUAAAAAUUAAUUAUUUCUUUAGCAGCAGGAUAUAAAUUGGAAACUCUAUUUAAAAAUUUCUCUCAUAAAAAAAUUAUUCGAGUACUUCCGAAUACUCCUGUGACUGUAAUGCUCGGAGCUUCUGCAUAUUCGAUGGGCCCAGGUUGUAACUAAGAAGAUGAGGAAAUCUGCAAAAAUAUAUUUAAUACAAUUGGGAAAUUAUAUAAAGUUGAAGAACAUUUAAUGGAUGCUGUUUGCGGAAUUAGUGGAAGUGGGCCGGCUUAUGUAUAUGAAUUUAUAUAAGGAAUUGUAGAUGCAGGUAUUAAAUAAGGUUUAGAAAAAGAAAUUGCAUUAGGCUUAGCUGUUUAAACUGUAUUAGGAGCAGCUACUAUGCUAGAUAGAAAAUUCGGGAGUCCAGAAGAUUUAAAAAAUGCAGUUACAACACCUAAUGGAACUACUUAUGCGGCUUUGUAGGUUAUGAAAGAAUAAAAAUUUAAGGAUAUUAUUGAUGAUUUUGUUAAUGCGUGUGUUAAGAGGUCAGUUGAGUUAGGCAAAAACUGA